AUGAGCCAAUCAACUGCAUAUAUUAUUUUAAAUAUUUUAGUUAUUUUAGCUGGUUGUUUUAUAACAGCAUGUGGUAUUUAUUUAUUCGUUAAUGGUUUAUUCCAUAGUAUUAUUGGAUUUGUACUUGGUAUUUAUUAUCUUUUGGCUGGUGUUUGUAUUGUACUCCUCGAAAUCGUCUUCCCACAAAAAUUAGUAAAUCUUUUUGGUUUUUAUACAUAUUGGUUUGGUAAAGGUGCUCUUAUUUCUUUAAUUGGUUUAUUAAUCCUUGGAAAUAGUGGAUUCUUUUUAGCAGCUGGUAUUAUUGUAAUUGCCGUUGGUAUUGUUUGUAUGAUUUUCCAUUUCCUUUUAGGUUGUCCACGUCCAUUAAUAAAUCGUAGUGUUGAAAGAAAACCAGAACCACAAGGUCAACAUGCUUAA